AAAACACACAUGCCGUUUUUGUGAUAUAUCACCCCUCUGUCCCUCUCUUCUCCUUUUCUUUUUCAUAUCACAAAUAUAACACUCACCCUUCUCUUUUUCAAACACACCUUUCUCUCUCUCUCUCUCUCUCCUCACAGUCACACACAGCUAUGUCCUCGCCAUGGUUCGCCGAUCUGGCACCCGGCUUCGUCCCCUCCCAACUCGCAGACAAGUUCGACGAGUUGGAUGUUGGCGAAGAAGAGAAAGGCAGCGUGCCCGUGGAGGCGGAAGGGGUGGACAUUCCGCCGCCGGUGACGUCAUUUCAGGAGAUGAGAUUCUCGGCCAAGUCCUUGAACGACAACAUACGGCGCUGUAACUACGUGAAGCCGACCCCUAUCCAGAGCCACGCCAUUCCGGUCGCCAUGAUCGGUAGGGAUUUGAUGGCGUGUGCUCAGACGGGAUCUGGGAAGACUGCCGCCUUCUGUUUCCCUAUUAUCAACGCUAUUGUGGUUGAUAAGAUGCGGAUAACUAUACGCCGUAUUUCCGCCGGCCCUACGGCUUUCCCUGUCGCGCUGAUUCUGGCUCCCACUAGGGAGCUGUCCUGUCAGAUUUAUGAGGAGGCCAAAAAGUUUUCGUAUCAAACUGGAGUGAAAGUGGUGGUUGCUUAUGGUGGAGCUCCUAUUUUUCAACAGUUGCAAAAUCUGGCAAGGGGUGUGGACAUCUUGGUUGCUACUCCAGGCCGACUUGUAGACCUGAUCGAAAGAAGGCGAGUGUCCCUUAAGAAUGUCAAGUAUUUGGCAUUGGAUGAAGCUGACAGGAUGCUCGAUAUGGGCUUUGAACGUCAAGUGCGCAGGAUUGUUCAGCAGUCGGGGAUGCCUCCACCAGGUGCAAGGCAGACUAUGCUUUUCAGUGCAACAUUUCCAGCUGAAAUUAAGAGGCUUGCAUCAGAUUUUCUAUCCAACUACAUAUUUCUAGCUGCUGGAAAGGUUGGUUCUAGCACCACUCUCAUUGUUCAAAGAGUUGAAUAUGUCCCUGACAUGAAGAAACGAGAGUAUCUGAUUAAUCUUCUCACUUCCGAAAUCACUGAGGGUGCUGGUUUGACACUGAUCUUUGUAGAGACGAAGAGAGGAGCAGAUGCACUGGAACGCUGGUUGUGCAGGCAAGGUUACCUCUCCGCUGCUAUUCAUGGCGACAAGGUGCAAGUGGAGAGAGAGCGGGCAUUGAGAUCAUUUAGACAGGGCUACACUCCGAUCCUCAUAGCAACAAACGUUGCUGCACGCGGAUUGGACAUUCCUCACGUAGCUCAUGUCAUAAACUUCGACUUGCCUAGAGCCAUUGGCGACUAUGUUCACAGGAUAGGACGGACUGGCCGUGCAGGCAAAUCUGGUCUUGCAACAGCCUUCUUUAAUGACAAGAACUUGCCCAUUGCAAAAGGGCUUGUUGAAUUGAUGCAAGAAGCUAGCCAGCAAGUCCCCACUUGGCUCACUGAAUAUGCCCAGAGAUCUUGUGAGGGCAGCAAUCGGUCAUCCAACCAUGACUAUUACAGAAACAACGGCUUUGUGGAUGACAACUGUAGCCAAUAUGGCACUUCUAUGGAAGCGCCAUACGAUGAUCAUUUUGCCUCUUCAUCAGGUGGGGCAACCACAUUGAAUUCACCAUAUGCUGCUGAUUCGUAUGGUGGGGUGACUGCCUGCGGCUGGGAUUAUUAAAUUCCCUCACUGCUUCCCCUGUUUUGAUGAACUUCAUAUUAACAUAAUUAAGUAGAUGCAUAGAUGCUCAAGUCUAGAUUCCCUGAGAAUUCUUGAAUGUUUUGACGUGAUUUUUGAAUCAAACUGUGUAGGAGUGCUACUUACUAUGUUAUGGUUUUUGAGGCAAUGGCAGGGAAGUGUCUUUAUCCGAUUA